GGAGUUCUAGUUUUACAUGGGUUAGGUUUACAUCUGUAGCUUCAAUCAGAACUGCCACAGUGGUUUGCAAAGGCUGCGUCAAUCCAUUCUCCCGGCAGUUGCAGCUCCUAUCGUCCGAUGUACAAACAUGACAACUGAUGUCCACUUGAACGAGACCAGGAUUGACCUGGGCGAGGAACUUGACAAGGGUGUCCCACCACAAGAGGAAAAGACCCCAGCUGUAGACAACAGGGACCCUAGGGGUGUAAAUAGCCAUUUAAAGAUAAGCUUCGAAGAUGUGAUAGGGGAACCUGAUUCUGUGCACAGCUUCGACAGGAUCUGGCUCUGGAGUGACGCACUGUUCGAAGUUUCGAAAUUAUGGUGUUACCGAAUAAUAUCGACCGUAUUUGCUGUACCGGUGUCUUUAAUCUCUGGAUUCCUCUUUGCUGUAUUAAGUUGUCUGCAUAUCUGGUGUGUUAUGCCGUGUGUGAAGAACUGCCUGAUGAACAUGCCUUGUAUUCAGACAAUAUGGAGAACAAUUGUGGAUGUAGUUAUCAGCCCUUGCUGCGAGAGUAUGGGGAAAUGCUUCAGUAGCAUAAACCUACACAUUGCAAGAGAUUAGAAUUCCUCUCAUCGCAAGCGACCAGAUCUUUAUUAACCUUCACAGGUCAAAUUCUACAUCCGCGUUCCAACUUCAGGGCUGUCUCUCCGAAGAACUCAUUCAAACCUGUAAAUUCACUCCAACCUAUUGCCUCUUUUCAAGAACAUCCCUGAGAAACCACAUCGUAUAUCUACGUUCAAUGUACUGGAUUUCGGCGUGGCGGGUUUUAAUUCUCUAUUAAACAUUUCUUUCUUCAACUUCGUCGGUUCUGGGGAAAAAAAAGCUGAGUAUUAUUGAGUAGAAACGGCGAAAGUUAUGUAAUCAUAUGCUUCGAAUCAACGAAAAAACCCCAAAGUACUUUGUAAUUCUUUAAAAAUAUUAGGGUGUGGGGGGCAACGCUACAGCAUUUAAGUGGCUUCCGUUGGCUUGUUUUAAUAUUUGCUGCUCUUUCUUUUGGCUAAACAAUUAUCUGUAACUUUGUAAAGUCACUAAGGCUCUUUAGGGAAUGAGACCAAAAUUAUUGGUUGGCUUAAAUAUUGUAACAGUAUCCUAGCCGCCAGGAGCUCUGACUGUUUAUGGAAGCAUGCAGGACUUGUUUUUAUAAUCCACUUCAACUUUGUUCUACUUUGUACUAUUCUUCCAAUAAAGGCAGUCAUAUCAAUUAUUUUUUCAUUUGUAAUAAACUCUCGCUGUUGCUUGCUUGCACCGUU